AGAGCAACUCACCUCUCAGCAAGUCAGUGAGAGGAAUUUUCAUCUCAUCUUGUAAUGUAGACUUGUUAAAAUGUACAGUUUAUUGUGAGGGAGCAAGUUAAAUGUAUCUUUGCUGCCCUGACGUUGAUAGGUGAAAAGUAAGUUAGCUUCUACUUGCAGUGAAGGAACGACUUUUGCUAGCUAACACCUAAAUAUUGUAUGUAUUUUCACUUUUUUACAUUCUUAAACAGUACUUAGGUAAUAUUCAGCUCUACUAACUUCCCUUUACUACAUUCUUAAUUGUAUUUAUGAUCACACAACUUUCGUUUUCUGCCUGUGCUUGCUUGCUCAUUCCUACUUCAGUUGACGCUAGCCUUGCUCAGCUAGUUAGCAGCUAACUUACAGUAGCAACAGUCGCCAAGGCAACCAUGAACAUCCUUCCGAAGAAGAGCUGGCACGUCCGCAACAAAGACAACGUCGCACGCGUUCGGAGGGACGAAGCUCAAGCAGCUGAGGAGGAGCGCGAGGCUAAGCGUCGCGUGGAGCGUGCAGAGCAGGAGGCACGUACAGAGUAUCUGAGAAGGAAAUCUCGAGCUGCUCUCGAGUCAGCAGGAGGAAGCAGGGAUGAUGAAGAAGAUGAACAGAGCAGAGGGAGUGGAGCUCUGGAGCAUCUCAAUCUUUUUCCUCUGGAAGACUCUUCAGAGAAGAAGGGGAAUGAGGAGUAUCUCAAAGAAAAGAAAGAGGAAAAGGAGAAACAGGAACGUGCCAUUGGCUUACUGGUGUCUCUGGGACCCCAGCCAGGGUCUGAGGUCACUCCGUGGUACAUGAAAACCGGCGAAGAAAAAGAAGAGAAGAGAGAAACAGAAAAGAGGAAGGGAGUAAGUGAAGAGGAGAAAGAGAAGAAGGACCGUAGAUUGAAAGAUAGUUUGGACCCUUUGAAAGAUAUGAAGAAAGGUCUCGGUGUGAAACCGCACAAGAGCAAGAAAAAGGAUAAAAGAGACAGAGGGGAGAAGAGGAGCAGUGGAGAGAGCUCCAUUGAAAGGUUGCGUGCUGAGCGUUUACAGAGAGAGGCUGAAGAAAGGAGGAAAACCCAAGCCCUUAUCGAUCAGAGGAGCGGCAAAGGGAAAGAUUCAGGCAAGGAGGUGCAGGAACGGGACAUGCCGUACAACAGCGCCUUCUUCCCAGAACUUGCCCGAAAGCGUCAAAGGCGGGAUCGAGACAGCUGGAGAGAUGAAAUUUUAAAAUCGUGAUAAUGUGUUUCUUUCGUCGCCUCUGAAAUUUAAACUGAGACAGCGAGAGGUGUUAAUCUGCAAAUGCUGGAAGAAGAUAUGAAAUCCUAAAAAAAAAAAGAAGGUAACAGAAAGUAGGUAAAGAGCCAGAUUGCGAACAUGGUUGUGACCUGGUCGUGGUAUUGUCAGGAUAUUGAUAAUGAGGCAGCUUGUAGGCCCCAUUUCUGUCCUCUCUGGUCAGGUUCUGCUGCAGCUACUUCACCCCCUGCAACAUGUCACACACGAACACAUCAGCGGGGCAGAUUAUCGCCAUCACAGGGGGGCUUGAACCCAGACUGUCAGCAAAUACAUACCCAAUGAAAAGAUGAUAGCGUGAUAUGAAUAAUUGUGAAAAAAAACAAACCAAUGUGUGGUAAAUUAAGUAGGAAAUAAGCUCACUGUUAUAUAUUACAGGCAUGUAAAGGUUGAUGGUGUUACAGGUAAACCAUUCAUAUUUUUUCUCAAAGAAAAGUCUGAAAGUAAUUUGUGCAUUUUAUUUAAUACAGUUUUUGUCUAAUUAAGGUAAAAUAAUAAAUCUGAUGAGACAAAGUC